AUCUUUGGCGACCGUUUAUUUCGACGCGAUCGUUUAUUUGAACGUAAUAUCAAACGAUAUCGGGAUAGCCGCUAUUUUUUCCGAUUCUCGCCGACUACUGUAUUCCAUACUUCUGCAUUAUACGUGAAUCAUUAGUUACCUCGCGCUGUGAGUAUUUACUAAUAAAGAAAUGACCGGCUCUGCACGUUUCGAUCGUCCGGCGAAAUUUCAUAGCUGGCAAUUGCACGGGCCGUUGUGAACUAUCGUGCGGCGAGUUAACCAAAGUGAAGUACUUUGUGUUCGUCGAAUCGCGGCGGUCCAUAUCGAAUACGUGAGUUUAUCGCAAUACAAGCGAAUAUGAACACGCCGCACUCAAACAAGAAGAAUAAGAAGAUAGGGAGAAGCAGAAUUGGCGUAUCGAAUGAAAGCGCGAGUCCUAUAAACGCGGAGACACUCAGCACCCAAGAGGCAACAAAGUUUGUUUUGGUAAAUCCUAUAGGAGAGGAUGCAAACAAAUCAAUUAAAUUAGCCAUCUCAGAUGCAAUUCCUAUAAUUUCCAUGGAUGCAAACACACUAGAUGAAAAAGUACAAAAAAGUAAUGUAGCAUCGUUGGAAAAGGAAAAGGAAGACAAGAAUAUUCUCAAUACUUUACCUAUUGCUACAUUUAAAGAAAUAGAAGGCUAUCAGGAUCAAUUAGGAGAAGCUGAACCACUUCCAAAUUCUUAUAUUAGGUUUAUGGAGCGCAGUGGCGAAGAGCUUGAUGGAGAAGUAGAAUAUGACUUGGAUGAAGAAGACACUGCAUGGCUUUCUAUAGUAAACGAAAGAAGGCAAGCUUCCGGAUUAACACCGUUAGAAGCAGACACAUUUGAGCUACUAAUGGACAGACUAGAAAAAGAAUCAUAUUUCCAACAGCAAAGUAAUGGUGGAGGUGGUGUUGCUGCAGAUGAAGAUGCUGUGUGUUGCAUUUGUAUGGAUGGUGAAUGCCAGAACAGUAAUGCAAUUCUGUUUUGUGAUAUGUGUAAUCUCGCGGUCCAUCAAGAUUGUUAUGGUGUACCAUAUAUACCAGAAGGACAAUGGUUGUGUAGAAGGUGUUUGCAGAGUCCAUCCAGGGCUGUAGAUUGCAUUCUUUGUCCAAACAGAGGUGGUGCCUUCAAACAAACUGAUCGUUCUGCAACAUGGGCUCACGUAGUUUGUGCUUUAUGGAUACCUGAAGUAAGAUUUGCCAAUACUGUGUUUUUAGAACCCAUUGACAGUAUAGAGAGCAUACCACAAGCUCGUUGGAAACUUACGUGUUAUGUGUGUAAACGCAAGGGAGCAGGCGCCUGCAUUCAGUGUCACAAAAGCAAUUGUUAUGCGGCAUUUCAUGUAACUUGCGCCCAACAAGCUGGUCUGUGCAUGUGCAUGAAAACUGUACAACCCUCUAACGGUGAACCCAUGUUGGUACAAAAGACAGCUUAUUGCGAAGCGCAUACACCUCCUGAUUAUCAACCUUCUACAAAUCCCGUGGAUGCACGAAGGAGAGCUAUAGCUAACAAAAAAAGCUCUUCAGCGCCCGUUAUCUCUAUUCCCACCAUACCACCAGAAAGAAUCAGAGAAAUUGCUAGUUUAGCAGAAGGAAUACCAAAAAGAAGUCAAUUAAUACAACGUCUCAUCGCCUAUUGGACAUUGAAGCGACAAUACAGGAAUGGUGUUCCGCUUCUUAGAAGAUUGCAAAGUUCCCAUCCACAAUCUAGACCGCCUCCACUCGGAGAACAUCCCUCUUCGCCUACACAAGAUACUGAGGUUCGAGGAGAAUUGUAUCGUCAGCUUAAAUAUUGGCAGUGUCUACGUCAAGAUUUAGAACGUGCACGAUUAUUAUGUGAAUUAGUACGGAAGCGUGAAAAAUUAAAGAAAGAACAAAUCAAAGUAAAGGAAAAGUGUAUAUGGCUUAAAUUACGACCAUUAGAAAGUGUUUUGCGUACAUUGUUAGAAGCUUUGAAAGCGAAAGAUGUCAAUGAUGUAUUUGGACAACCAGUUAACAUUAAAGAAGUUCCAGAUUAUCUUGAAAUAGUAUCACAUCCUAUGGAUCUCUCUACUAUGCAGGUGAAAUUAGAAAAGCAAGAAUAUGACUCUAUCGCGGCUUUUGAGGUUGAUUUCAAUUUAAUGGUGAGCAAUUGUCUUGCAUAUAAUCGCAAAGAUACCAUGUUUUAUCGAGCAGGAAUGAAAAUGAAAGAACAAGGCGGAGCUCUGAUAGAACAAGUUCGAAAAGAUUAUCCUGAGCUCGAUCCAGUCACUGAAACUGAACAGGUUGGCUCUAAACCUAGAAAGAGAGAAAGAUCUAAUCGUAAUCGCGUAGAAACAGAAUCGCAAUCCAGCGAGAAGGAGAUUGGUGGAGGUGGUGUAAAUAGGAGAACAGCGGUACUAUUCACCCGUAAAGCUAGAGCGCGCAAUGCCAAAAGUGGCCAAAUGUUUCUUCCGGAGGAUGACAGAAAGAAACAAAGUGAUAGUUUUAAAGUAUAUAGAAGUGGAGCAAUGGAUAGUGAUGUAGGCGAGGGAGAAAGUCAAUCGUCAAGUUGUAGUAGUUGCCCCACAAGUAGAUCCACUACUCCCGAUCUACAAGAAGAGAAACAACAAGAGAUUGUUGAUACAAAAAAAGGAAAUGAGAACAAGCAAGCAAGCACCGGUAGUGGUUUAGAGGCUUUGCAGCUCGUAUGGGCCAAGUGUCGUGGAUAUCCUUGGUAUCCAGCCCUGAUUAUUGAUCCUAACACACCACGGGGUACUAUAUAUAAAGGAGUACCAAUCCCAGCACCACCUGAUGAUGUUUUGGCGCUUGCAGAUAAUUAUAAAGAGAGAGUUUUUCUUGUGCUUUUCUUCGACACAAAACGAACUUGGCAAUGGCUACCAGGUGAAAAAUUGGAAAAACUUGGAGUAUCACAGGAAGUAGACGAAGCAAAAUUGAUCGAAUCGCGUAAACCGGCGGACAGAAAAGCUGUAAAGAAAGCUUAUCAAGAAGCUUUGCAUUACCGUAAACAAACACAUAAUGCUGUAUUAGAUAAUAUAUCUACUACAUAAUUAUAUAUUGCAAAUUUUUUAUAUGUAAAAGAU